AUGGGUUACUUGAUUCCCAUUGCCGUUAAGGAUACCACCAACAUUUGUGGCAGCUUUCUCCUCUCAGGUAUUUUCCUCCUGUAUUUGGGCGAUUAUACGUUCACCAUUUGUUGCAGCUUCCUCCUCUCAGAUAUUUUCCUCUUUUAUUUUGGAGAUAUCAUCAUUCGGAUGCCGUGUGCUUGUAAGUACGUUGUUAAGGGUCAUGACUUCUGCCAAAAUUUAUUACACGUAUCGCACAGCUUAUUCAUGGGUUACUUGUCUUCCAUUGCCGUUAAGGAUACCUGCACCAUUCGUGGCAGGUUCCUCCCCUCAGAUGUUUUCGUCUUUUAUUUGGGUGAUGUCAUCAUUCAGAUCCGUGUACGCGGAACUAGGUUGUUUUGCAUCAUGAUUUGCCCCAACAUUUAUCAGCCGUAUCGCACAGAUUCUUCAUGGGUUUCAUGUCUCCCAUUGCAGUUAAGGAUACCUGCACCAUUUGUGGCAGGUACCUCCUCUCAGAUAUUUUCGUCCUUUAUUUUGGUGAUGUCAUCAUUCAGAUCCGUAUUCUUCAUGGGUUCCAUGUCUUUCUUUACAGUUAAGGAUACCUGCACCAUUUGUGGCAGGUACCUCCUCUCAGAUAUUUUCGUCCUUUAUUUUGGUGAUGUCAUCAUUCAGAUGCGUCGAGCAUUCCUUCACUCUUUGGAAUUGGCAUAUUUUAAAUUUUCUUCGGUUCUCAUCACAACAUAUAUCAAUAUGCCACGAGAGAGAGAAAAUAAUUUACCUCAAAUUUUUAACCAAAAUGUACGCCCAUUUCUUGAUGCCAUUGACAACCUUCGUAAAUUUGGUUUGGAUGAAGACUUGAAGCUACCCACAUUUGUGGUGAUUGGGGAUCAAAGUUCUGGAAAAAGUUCAAUUCUUGAAGCUAUCUCUGGUGUUCAACUUCCUCGUGGUACAGGAAUAGUAACCAGAUGCCCCCUUCAGUUACAAAUGAAGCAGGUAAAGUCUAAAAAAUGGAGAGCUACACUGAGCUAUAGAGUUGACGAUUCUGAAGUUACUAAUGUUUUGAAAAAGCCUUCUGAAAUUGAUAAUGCAAUCAGGCAAGCUCAAAAUGAAGUAACUGGACAGAAAGAUGGUAUCAGUGAAACCCUUUUGACUUUGUCUAUUGAGGAUAAAUAUGUUCCAGAUCUGACCUUAAUUGAUCUCCCAGGUAUUGCCCGUGUGUCUGUUGGUGGACAGGCAGCAGAUGUCCCUGAACAGAUUAUGAGGCUCAUUAAGAAAUACAUUAGCCGAGAAGAAGCACUUAUUCUCACAGUGUGUCCUUGUACUACUGACUUGGCAACAACAGAAGCUCUAAAAUUGUCCCAAGAAUAUGAUCCUGAUUGUGAACGUACAUUUGGUGUUCUCACAAAGGCAGACUUAAUUGAUAAAGGUAAUGAAGAAAGCAUUUUAAAGAUCUUAAACAAUGAAGUUAUCCCUUUAUCAAAAGGCUAUACAAUUGUGAAAUGUCGUGGCCAAAGCGCUUUGUUGAAAAAUGAGAGCUUAAAAGAAACUUUGGAAAAAGAAAAAAUAUUCUUUCAAAAUCAUGACGUUUUCAGAAAUUUGGAUAAGAGUCAAUGGGGAAUUGAAACUUUAUCACGCAAAUUAGCCUAUGAUUUGUUUUCUUUUAUCAAGAGAGAAUUGCCCACCAUCAGAAAGACUAUUAUAGAAAAACAAAAGAUCAUGUCUGAUGAAUUGCUGAACGACAAAGUUAAUUAUCCUACAACACCAGAAACAAGAUUAAUGUAUACACUAACAACAACUAAUAAGUUUCUGAAGACUUUUGGUGAAUUAACUGAAGGAAAGUACCACUCACAAGAGCUGGAGAAAAUUGAAGAUUGUUUGAAUAGAUCUAAACAUGUUGACAUGAGACUAAUUCCAUUCAUACUAUCUAACUGA